AUGUCUACGAUACAUAAGCUGGAAAUACGAGGAAUACGCAGUUUUGGAGUGGAACGUGAGGAUGUACAGCAAAUAAACUUUCGGUCGCCACUUACAUUGAUCGUGGGCCAAAAUGGAUGUGGAAAGACGACAAUCAUCGAAUGUCUCAAGUAUGGUUUGACCGGAGAAGUUCCACCAGGCACCCAUCGUGGUGUCGGCUUUGUGCACGACCCGAAGAUUUUCAACACGGUGGAAAGCCUGGGACAGGUGAAGCUAAUGGUGAAGGAUUUUACCGGCAACACCGUAACGGCCAUUCGUUCGAUGAAAAUUACGCACAAAGGAAAGAGCCCCAAGUUCGAAACAAUGGAUUCGACUAUUACCAUGGAGUACGCGCAAACGAAGGAGAAAAUCACGAUGACCCGGUCUCGUGUUACGGACAUUAACAAUGAGAUGUGCGACGCGAUGGGUGUUUCAAAAGCCAUACUAAACAAUGUCAUAUUUUGCCAUCAGGAAGAUUCGUGCUGGCCGCUGGAAGAACCAAAAGAGUUGAAGAAAAAGUUCGAUGCCAUUUUCGGAACGACCGAGUAUAAUCGGGUCAUCGAUAAGUUGAUUAAAAUAAGCAAGGAUUACAAUGAAAAGCUGAAGGAAAAGAUUGGCGAUUUAAAGCUGUUGCAGAAUAUCAAAUUGCAAGCAGAAACUAAACAAUUGCAGCUGGAGGAUGGUGAUCGAAAGUUGGCAAAGUUGAAUCAAACUAUUGGGGACUUGGAAAGCGACAUCAAACCGAUCCACACUAAGCUGGAGCAGCUGGCUCUUGUGGAGCGCAAGUAUUCAUCAUUAUUAGCUAAAAAGAUAGAAUUUAGCUCAAAAAUUAAGAGCAAACAAGAGCAAAGUCAACAGUUGAAAUCAAAGAUAAAAAAACUAUUUGAAGGAUCAUUGGCUGAGCUGGAAGUGGAAAUUAAAAUAUUCCAGCAAACGUCAGCCACCAAGCAUUCCGAGCUGGAAGAGGAAGAUGCGGAACUGCAACGAUUGAAGUCACAGGAUCGUUCUCUGCAAAACAAGCUCCAAUCGAUCGAAGGGCAAAAGAUUGAGCUAGCCGAAAAACAGAAACGAGAACGCGAGCUUCAGAUUGAACGGGGCAAAAAGAUAAAGGCGCUCGGGGAAAAACUUGCAUUGCCGCUCUCCGAUGACUAUGGUGAUAUUGCGAUUGGUGCCGACGUGAUCGAAUCAACACUUAACUCGAUUCGAAACGCUUUGCAAAAGCAAGAGCAGGAUGUACAAUCGAAAACGAAAAAAAUCGACGAAGAAGAUGUACGGGCUCAAAAAAGUAUUGAUAAAUUACGCGAAACGAAGGCUACGUUAGAGAGCGAUGGUACAUCGAAGCGCAAACAAAUAGAACAGUUGGAACGAGAAAAGCUACAAACAAUGCGCGAGGUGGCCGAAAUAGAACGAUCUGCUGAAACGUUGAAACGAUUAAUUGAUGAAAUCAAUCGGCUCGACCUAGAGUACGAAACGCAGGUGAGAGCUGCCAAUUUGCCCGAAAUGCGAAAGGAACUUAGCGAGCGAAAGCAGCUACGUGAUCAAUUGCAAGAUCAGCUGGAUCGUUUGGAAGAGCGCAUAAGCUCGCUGGACGCAGUAGCGAUGAAGGAACAGGAACUAACUCUGAAGGAACAGCAAUGUACUGGCCGUGCGACAGAGCUUCGCCGAUUGCGCAAUAAGCAUGGGGAUAGCUUGCGUCGCCUAUUUCCCGAUCGUACAAUUGAGUCAAACUACAAGAGCAACCUGCAAAACCUAUACGAUGAUUUGCAAAAGGAAGUUAAAAAUGUGAACGAAAAAAUACGCCGAGCACAGGCAAUUGUGACCGAAAUGGAAACAACGCGCAAAAGCCAAAAGCAUCAACUUGAACGGCUGGAGCGUGAUUUGGCAGACGCGGAAGAAAGGAUUUAUAGCGCAUGCCGGGGCAAUGCGUAUGAGGAAGUAUUGGCCAAGUUAAACGAAAAAAUACUCAAAAACAACAUGGAACACGGAGAGGCACGAUCGGCAGUAGUGUUGUAUCGUAAGUUUAUUUCCAACAUCGAAAACGAUCGCUGUUGUCCAGUGUGCGAGAAGGGACUGGAGAGUGAAGACGUUCACGACGUAAGCGGCAAACUGUCGGACGAAAUUCGGCGACUUCCGGAGAAGAUUGAAUCACUCGAACGAACACUUAAGCAGGAUCGGUCCGAUUAUGAUAAACUGCUUGCUUUGCGACCCAUUUCAGAACGGUUAGAAAAGCAAAAGAUGGAGCUGCCACAGCUGAAACAGCAAUUGCAGGAAACAGAGAGGCGACUGACUAGCGCUUUGGACGAGCUGGAAGAACAUCAGCUAGCUGUGUCGGAACCAACGGCAAACAUGCAGCUAAUAAACACGAUUGCCGGUGACAUGAGCGUGCUAGACAAGCUUGGAAGCGAAUUGGAACGCAUGAAGCGCGGUAUUGAUGAGCUUAGAACCCAGCUUGGAACUCGCAUUUCGGAAGGGGUCACAAUAGAAUCGCUCAAGUCGGAACGUGAAACACUGCGCGGAAAGUUUAAGACAGAGCGAAGCUUGGUAGAUGAGCUGCAGAACACAAUCGAUACGAAGACGGAAAAGCUCAAUAACCUACAGUCGCGCAACAAUCAGAUGAAGACCAAAAAGUUGAAGUUACAGGAAUCGGUUCAGUCGUUGGAUCAGAAGCGCGCGAAUGUCAAUGAACUGAGCGGAAAGAUUACCACGCUGGUAGAUGAAUUAAAAGAGACGGAAUUGCAACUCAAUCCGGUGAAAGUUCAACUUCAAAAGGAACUGGAACAAAAGCAGCGCACAAAGGAAGCAAACAACAAGGAGCUUCAAAAAAUGCGCAAAACAUUGGAUGGGUUGCGUUGGGAGGAGACGGAAAUCGUUCGUUUGGGUUGUGAGUUGGACGAACUGGCGAUCCUUAAUCUGGGUGCCGAAUUGAGCCGACUACGGUUGAAAAAGGAACAGGUACAGCAGGAACAGGACCAGCUGAAACGUACCAUGGAAUAUAAAGGUAAAAGUAUCGAAAAGCUUCGGCAAGACAUUGCUAAUCAACAUUUGCAACAACGCGAUCUGAUCGACAAUAGAGAUCUGAAGCGUUUGAUACGUGAAACGUCCGAGCUAGAAGCUGAGCUAGCAGUUCUGGAUAAAAAUAUGGGAGAAAUGGAGGUGCGCAGCGUACAGAAAGAACGUGACCAGCUUAUUGAUCUCCGCGAUGGGCUGCAGUCCAAGCGCAGCGAACUUAACGGUCAGGUCGGUGAGCUCCAACGUCAGUUGAACGAGCUGCGGAAAGAGUUGGACCGCAGCGAAUAUCGUAAUGCAGUUCGCAACUAUAUCACCACCUUGAGCGAGUCGAUAGUUUACCGAAAAAUCAUAAGCGACAUAAAAAAGUACAGAGACGCCCUGGAAAGUGCAUUGCGCGAAUAUCACACGGAAAAGAUGCAAGAGAUCAAUAGGACAGUUUUAUCCCUGUGGCGUGAUACCUAUCGUGGCAACGAUAUCGAUUACAUACGCAUCAAUACGAUGGACGAUGGCGUAGCGGAACGAUCGGAUCGGCGCCGCGUCUAUACGUACGGUGUCGUUCAGGCAAAGAAUGAUGUGGAGAUAGAUAUGCGUGGUCGGUGCAGUGCUGGGCAAAAGGUACUUGCCUCGCUCAUCAUACGUUUGGCGUUGGCAGAAACGUUUAGCAGCAACUGUGGCGUGAUGGCACUGGACGAACCGACGACUAAUUUGGACCGAGACAACAUAGAGUCGCUGUGCGAAUCUUUGCGACGGAUUGUUUCGGAACGGGAAACUGGUCAAUUUUUGUUGAUUGUUAUCACGCACGACGAGGAGUUUUUGACGAAGUUGGAAAAGUUUGAAAGUUACUAUCGCAUUUCGCGCAAUAGCGAAGGUAAAUCGAUGAUUAAAGAGGAGUUUCUCUAAAUUCUAUUCUUAUA